AUGGCGGCGUCCGCGCGCACAUGCCUGGUGGUGGCAGCGCUGGCGUGCGCGCUAACACUGGCGCUGCGCUCGGCGUCGGCGGACGCGCAGGCGGACGAGGCCCAGAAGCCCAAGUGCGCUCCGGGCGCCGCCACGCCGUGCCGCGUGGGUGCGUUGCGUGAUCCGGAGAACCAGGAGGAGGAGGGCCUGCUCAACGUGAAGGUGCCGAGCAGCGCGGCCGACGAUGACUACAGCGAUCCCGACCAGCCCAAGGACCCCGACCAGUCCGACGGAGAUGACCUCGUUAUCCUCGGCCACUGA